AGUGUCAGGUGACUGAUGUAAACAAAAGGACGACGGAUAGUCAGUGAGUCGAACUUGAGUACCUCAACAUGAAGAAAAUUACGGCAGAAACGAGCAACGGUCCAGCUGAAAAGGAAGAACAGCGAGAGACAAAUGACGAGGAAGAUAUGGAGGAGGAAAUGGAAGAAUAUGAUGAAGAGGAGUUCUCCAAGCUAAAUGCCGAGUUAGAUGCUUUGAACACGGCCUUGGAUGCCAUUGAGGAAAAGAAUGAUUUCAUCAACGUCCGUUUGCGGCAGAUUCUGAUGGAGAACAAGUCCUUAAGAGAAGCUGAAGUAUCAGGACAGAAAUGAGUUAUACAAGAAUUUUCUGAGGUCUACAAAUGUCACUUUCAUUUCAUAAGAGAGAGUUUUUAUGUCAUAUGUAUGUUUUUUUUUUUUUUUUUUUUAAGGAAAUUAUAUAUAGAUUAUUUGACAUAUAUUGUUUUUGAGAGUGGGAUUAUAGGUGAAAUUAAUGCAUAUUUAUGUAUUCCUGUGAAUUACCAGGAACUUUUUAAUGUUGGUUUCAUUGUAUUUUCAAAAGUAUGGUAAAGGUGAAUUAGAGGCUAGAUUUUACAUCAUAGGGAAUCUUGUAAGUGCAAGUACAGAUAAUUUAUCCUCAAAAUGUUGGCCCAUAUGGAACAGUAGCAUCAUUAGAAGAUAAGAAAUAUUCCAAUAGAUUCUAGAGAACUAGUACAUGAUAAUUUGACAUUUCGAAACUGAUAACUGUAAGUAAAGCUAUUCUGGUUUGAACCAGGCUAUAGAAUUUGUUUAUUAUAAUUACAGGAGUUGGAAAACCAUUCAAAUUUUGCAGUUGUUUAUACAUGCACAAAUAUACAGAUACACUGUUUUCAGACAGAAAAAAUAUAUAGUUUGUGAUUUAUUAAGAUGUAAUUUACUGUCAAAAAUGAUAGCCAUAUAAAUGUAUAUAUAUAUAUUGUUUAACAUUCUGAAUGUGUAUUGGGCAGAUAUGUGUUGUAAUCAAAGAAUUAUGAGAAAAAAAUCUGUGAUCCUAUUUUCAAAUUGUGAUGUUAUCAUGCUAAUGACUUAUGCGCCAUUAUUAUUAUAUGGCUAUUGUUUAAAGGACACCAGAGUUAAUGUUAAAAAUGUGUAAUUAUGCAAAUACUGUACAAAUCCAUUCCAGUAGACAUUGUAUAGCUCCAUAUUCUGUGUAAAUGUUGUGUAUAUGAUUGAUGAUGUAAAGUAAUUCUAAACCAUGU